AUGGCAAUUGGAAGAGAUCCUAAUUAUUGGACGAAUCCUCAAGAUAUUUACCCAGAGAGGUUCUUGAACUCAUCUAUCGAUUAUAAGGGAACAAACUUCGAAUAUGUACCAUUCGGUUCUGGAAGAAGGAUGUGUCCUAGCAUGUUGUUUGGAAUGGCUAAUGUCAGGUUGGGCCUAGCCAAUUUGCUCUUCCAUUUUGAUUGGAAACUUCCCGUUAGACUUCAACAUCUGGAUUUGACUAAAGAUUCAGGAAUCUCUGUCUCAAGCAAACAACUAUUGCGCCUCAUCUCUAUUGCAGCGAGCAAUUGA